CUAAGCAACAAACAGUAAGGAAGCUAUGUUUAAAUACAAGAAGUGCAGAAAGCCUAAUAAUGGGGAGGCACAAAUCAUCUGCAGAGAGUGUAGGGGAGAGUUUCAUGUGCCCUCAACCACAACAAAAUACCGUUGUCCUCGGUGCAAAACAAUCAAUUUAAGUUUAGGAAAUGGGCAAUCAGACAAAGAUAGUGGCAAUAAAAUGGGGUUGGUGAAAUUUUCUGCUGCUAAGAAUGUCAUGAAAUCGGAUGAUAUCUCACAGAAUGCUAGGAAAAGUUCAUAUGUUAUGAAUCAAAGGCCUUCUUCAUUUUCUUUGAUUCGCUCUUCCUUCUCAUUCAGACGAAGCAAUAAGCGCGCGGUUCUCUGUGGAGUUACUUACAGGAAAAGAAGGUACAGACUCAAAGGAACCAUUAAUGAUGUUGCCAACUUAAGGGAGCUUCUGGUGAAGGUUUUUGACUUUCCUAUUGAAUGCAUACAUGAGCUCACAGAAGAGCAAAAGUGUCCAGAUUUAGUCCCAACAAAGAAAAACAUACUGGAACAAUUGAAGUGGCUUGUGGAAGGCUGCCAGCCAGGAGACUCAUUGGUGUUUUACUUCUCAGGACAUGGCAUUCAACACACAGAUUCCGAUGAAGAUGAGAUAGAUGGGAUGGAUGAAAGCAUUUGUCCAGUUGAUUUCCAGCAAGAAGGCUCGAUUCUCGACGAUGAUAUAAACUCCAUCCUUGUUUGGCCCCUCAAACAGGGUGUCACACUUCAUGCCAUUGUUGAUGCUUGUCACAGUGGAACAAUCCUUGAUCUAUCACAUGUCUAUGACCCUGAAAAAUGCAUAUGGAGAGGUAACAAGCCUUCUUCCACAGAACCUUCUAGAAAGCACCCAAAUGGGGGACGGGCAAUUUGUAUUAGUGCUUGUGAAGAUCAUCAGAUGGCUGUUGAUACUUCAGCUUUCCGUGGGAAGGGAAUGAAUGGUGUUAUGACCUAUCUGUUCACAAAAGUCAUCAGAAAAUAUCCUGAUAUAACAUAUAGGGGUGUGAUGGAACAGAUGGGGAAGGAAAUUGAAGAGAUUAUGAGAAAUAGUUGUCUUCCAUCUUUUUUCCAACAUAUGUUUCGUCCCAAAUUUGCGCAGGUUGGCAUUUUCCUUUCUCUUUCCAUGAUUACUCCCUGUUUUGACAUCAAUAUUAACAUGGUCAAAUGCUUUAUUCGAGAUUCUCUGGAAUCACUUUGUUAGGAUUCAAAUGUGAAUUAAUGUGGGGGAAACCCAACAUUGGAUAGCAUUAGACUGAAGAGUUUGAUGUGAAUUGAUGUUCUUCCUAGUUAAUGAAGUUUGUCUUUUGUGGAGCAUUUCAGGAUCUCGUCAUAUCAUCAUCUGAAGAGUUUGAUGUUUCUCGGACUAUAUUCACAUUAUGAGUAUGCAAAAGGGUAAAGGACAAUCUGAUCAUCUUAUUUGCCGCAUUGCAAGGAUAAAAAGAGAUUUCUUGUAUUGAACAAUAGAUAUAUUUUUAUCAUACAAAUGUAAGAAAAUACUCACACUGAUCCUUACAAAGGACAUUUUCCAUGGUCCUUAAUGUAAGACCAUUGUCCAGAAGCAUUAAGUGAACCUGGUCGGGGGUAAUUUUAAAAAAAUUAACUUACUUUUAAUAAAGUAUGUUGAACUAUGUAAAGUUGUAAAUAGAUCCUCAUAAUAAGAAUAGAAGGUAGUAUAUUGGGU